AUGCCGGAUCCAAGAGUAAGGAAGUCUAGACAUGAAUUAACUCCAGAUAAUCUUUCAUCAUCAAUACUUUUGUCUAAUUUGCCAAGCUCGUGGUCGCAAUCUACUGUGACAUCGAUUCUUGCUGGUUCGGGCCCCAUAAUCAAAGUAUCAGAGAAGAAAGACCCUCGUAAUGGCAGGUUAGUAGGUAUUAUAGUAGAUUAUUUGACUAGUAAAGAUUGUAAACGUGCGAUUGAAAUUAUACAAAAAAUAAAGAAUUUCAAUUGUAAGAUUGAGAGAAUAAUACCUUUAAAUUGGUCAUCCCGAGGGGAUGUAAGUGAAAAAGAUGUGCUCGAUUUAAAAAGAGAUAACUAUCCAUGGGAUGAUAAUUUAGAACUGCCUUUUGAGUUAGUUUCCGAGGUGCCAAUACCUAGAAAGCCGGUUACCAAGCCAGUUGUAGCUAACAAUGCCAACGGACAAUCGCCAUUCCCUGAAAUAUUAAGCAAAGCUUCACAGCAUUUGCCUGCAUUGCAGCCUGAUUCAUUAGUUGCUACUGAUUCGGUAUCUUCUAACCUAUUGCAAAUUCCACCACUCCAAUUGCUUGAGAUGAUAUCAAAUCUUAAAAUGCUCUCAAACCAACACACCUCGAGGAAACUCCAGCUAGAACAAUUUUUACGAGGAAAUAAUGUCGUAACAAUUGCAGUAGCUCAAGCAUUAUUAGAGAUGGGGUUCAUUAACUAUGAGGUUGUCACCAAAGUCAUUUCGGAGUAUCAACAACAACCACCGCAAAACACUCCAAGACAAUCCUCGACGCCCACGAAUUAUAUUCCGCAGCCAGGCAUGCCAUCUCUAUCAGGGACAUUAAAUAUGAUCCAUCCGCAAAUGGUUGGCACGCCGCACCAUCCAGCACAAAUAACAACCAACCAAUUUAUGAUGACUCAGGCACCUACACCAAUCUCUCAGCAACCCCAACAGCAACAACAUAAUACACAACCCUGCAUUCCAACACAGCAGUCUACGCUAAAGUUAAAUGAAUCCAAACUUAAUGCCUUGCCUAAGGAUAAGCAAGAUAUGAUAAGACAAGUUAUUAACCUCCCGCACGAUCAAAUCAGACUAUUGCCGCCAGAGCAAAUUAACGUUAUUGAUAGUCUAAGAAAAGAGUACUUAAUAUAG